AUGGAAGGUUUAGACCAUAAGCUAUCCCAGCGCUCUGAGCUGGUGGAGGUAGGUGGAAUCCCUUUGCUCAGUGGUGCCGCAGAAAGAUGGGGUCGCAUAUCAACCUUUAAAGCCCGGGGGGACGACCUUCUCAUUUGCACAUACCCCAAAGCAGGUAAAUCGAAUAAAAGAGAGAUGUGGGGCAUUAGCACAGAGGGCGGGGGCAGGAAUGGUGCUGGGAAGUCGAGGGCUAUUGGCUGAAUGAUGAGGUCUUCUCAGGUCUUCUCUCAACACCUCCUGCCAGGGACCACUUGGACGCAGGAAAUUGUAGACCUGAUCCAGCAUGGAGGGGACCCUCAGAAAUGUGCUCAAGUCCCCAUCUACAAACGGAUGCCCUUCCUAGAGAUGCACAGUCCCUUGUUCUCACGUGAGUAGGAAAGGGAACUGCUUAUGGGAGGUGAUGGCUGAGGGUGGGGUGAAGGGUUUAUCUCAGCUCUGAAUGUUUUUCUUUGGUAUCUCAGGCUUGGAAGAGGCAGAGCUAAUGCCCUCUCCACGUACACUUAAGUCUCACCUCCCGGUCCAGCUCCUGCCGCCCUCCUUUUGGGAACAGAAUUGCAAGGUCAUUACAGGGGGACAACUGGAGGGAGGUUGCUUAGGGGUUAAUCUGAGCCGCGGAUCAACACUGCUUGUUCUCUAUUGCAUUUUUAAUUUUGUGGGUAACAUUUAUUGUAUUAAGGUUCUUAUUGCUGUGAAUCGUUUUGGGAGCCCUUUGAGGCUGAAGGACAAUACUGACAUGUUUUUUAAAUAUAUAAAUGAGCAAGAUCAUCACAAACAAACAACCACACCAUAGGCCAACCCCAACCUCUCUCACCACCAAAGAAACACAAAUGAACAGCAGAGAACCUGCACGAGCAAUGCUGACACAAAACCCUACAUACAUUAAGCAAAAUAGAAACAUCACCACCCGACCCCCACCCCACCCCACCCAUCUUCCCCCCCUAAUGUCUCAACAAAUGAAACUGAUUUGUAAAAAUGUUACAUGGGAAAAAUACGAGAGACAUUACACAUACUUCUGUAAAACAAGAAAAUCUUUUAUUUAUAUAUAUAUAUAUGAGCAAAAACAGCAUGCAUGGAGCUGAGACUCCUGGGCUCACUCUUCUUUGUGAUCUAUUUCUGAAGAUCAUUUAUGUGGCCAGGAAUGCCAAGGAUAACGCAAUCUCCUACUUCCACUUCCAACGUAUGAACGGGAGGAUGCCAGACCCGGGAACAUGGGACGAGUAUCUGGAGAAGUUCAUUGCGGGGAAACGUGAGUAGAGGCAAAAGAUGGGAUAGAGGAGAUGGCACUGGCCCCGGACAGAGUAGUGGGGCCCACCCCAAACGCUCAAGCUCUGUACCUAUGAGAGAAGAGUGGAGCCUAUUGACUGUUGAUCUCCAGGUUCAAGCAACAGUCUCGGCAGUAUGAGGGUACUUACACAAGGCCACCUGGUUUGAGCAGGCAGAGCAAGACAAAUGGAUGCUCUGUGGAUGUGAUGGUCAGCUCCAUGUGGCACUCAUUGUUUCGGCACCAAUCAACCCGAGAUUGAACUUUAAACAGAAGCUGUGCCUCUAACUGAGUAGCUAGCACUGUCUUUAGUGAGAGGACCCCUCCCAUUUAAAGGCGGCCAGGCUGCUUUGACAGAAAUCUAAAGGAGCUGGAGAGGCUGCAGUUCCACUAGGGUUUGUGAGGUGGGGUAGAGUCCAACUACAGUAACAACAUCCUCUCUCUUCAGACCAGAGAGGCACAACAGAGCCGGUUAGCAAGUCUUGGAGAAAAGUAAAUAGAUUUACUUUUCAUUUGCAUUAACUAAACAUUUACAUUAACUAUAAAUACUUCUAGUUAAUGCAUGUGUUACUUUACACCACACAAGGACCCUUUUUUUUCUAACAAUCUAGCCUGUCUCAGCUGAGCAAGGCCCACUAGCAUGUGUGGCAAGGCAAGACCAAGUUCAGACAGGAUGCAAGGGAUUGUAGGGCUCAGGCUGGCUGUGAAGCAAAGGUGUGGCAGGGUUCAAGGUAGAGACACAGUGGGGCUGUGGUCUGGGGAGCACAGAAAUCUGAAGUAGCUCCAGCAAAGAACAAGGGGACACUGAGCCCUUAUACAGUAGUAGCUGCAGGAAGUGUGCCCUAAUUGUUAGCACCACCUUGGCAACAAGAUAUUGCUCUUUGUGAACCUGCAAAGGGGUUGUUGAGUUGUUGUUUUGUUUGCCUUUGAAUUCUGAUGAAAAUGAGCUUAAUAAUCAUAACUGAUUCUCUACCUCUUUACCUCUCUUUGCAGUUCCCUGGGGCUCUUGGUUUGACCACGUUUGUGGCUGGUGGAAAGCUAAGGAUUCUCACCCAAUUCUCUAUCUUUUUUAUGAAGACAUGAAAGAGGUGAGCAGUUUACAUAUGCACUCCUUCCUUUCAGUAAUUUCAACCAGGAAGGAAUUUAUCCGCGAUAAAUGUUCUAAGCAACCACCUGCAUUCAGUGAGCUUCUGAAAAUCAGUGUCCCAAACAAGUGAUAAACACAGUGAGGUUUGUUAUGGCAGCUUUCCGGGCAGAAUCCUCUCCAUCUUUCCCUUCCUAGCACCCAGCCUUAGCAAUUCGGAAAAUAGCUCAGUUCCUGGACCAAGAGCUUUCUGAGCCAGCUUUGAACCGGAUCAUGCAGCACACAGAGUUCAACAGCAUGAAAGUGAAUCCCAUGGCUAAUUACAGCACAAUGCCAACUUACAACCACGCUUUGUCACCCUUCAUGCGAAAAGGUAGGAGUGAAAAGGACAUUUUCCAGCCACAAGUGAUAUGGGAGGAGAGCUAUGUACAGAUCAUACAUUUAAAGCACAUCUCCACUUCCCCAAAACACUGGGAACUGUAGUUUGGAAAGGGUGCUGGGAGUUGGAGCUCUGUAAGGGGUAAACUACGGUUCUCAGGAUUCUUGGGGGAAAGCCUUGGCUGUUAUCAUACCUUUAAAGUAUGUUGUGUAGUAGCAGAAGGGAAACAGCAUGCAUUGAAGGGGGUGUUUUCUAAGCUGUUUCCCUUGCCUGCAGGCACCGUAGGAGACUGGAAAGACUACUUCACAGUGGCUCAAAGUGAACGGCUUGAUGACCUGUGUGCCCAAUUAUUAAGGAGCAGUGGCCUUACCUUCCGCACUCAGCUAUAA